CCGGCAAUGGCGGCGGCGCCCGAGGGCGGCCAUGGUGCGCAUCACUGAAGAUCUUGUUAGAAGACGUGCAGAACAUAACAACUGUGAAAUUUUUUCACUGGAAGAAAUCUCUUUACAUCAGCAGGAAAUAGAAAAGCUAGAGCAUCUUGACAAAUGGUGUCGAGAUUUAAAAAUUCUCUAUCUUCAGAAUAACCUAAUUCCAAAAAUUGAAAAUGUGAGCAAACUAAAGAAGCUGGAAUAUUUAAAUGUAGCUUUGAACAACAUUGAAAGAAUUGAAAAUCUGGAAGGCUGUGAAGAAUUGAAGAAACUUGACCUGACAGCAAAUUUCAUUGGUGAACUUUCCAGUAUUGAAUCCCUAAAAUGCAAUAUUCAUCUGAAGGAAUUGUUUCUAAUGGGUAACCCAUGUACUGAAUUUGAAGGUUAUAGGCAAUUUGUAGUGGCAACUCUUCAGCAAUUAAAAUAUUUGGAUAGUAAAGAAAUAGAACGUUCAGAGAGGAUUAAAGCCCUUCAAAACUAUCCAGAAGUGAAAUGGAAAAUCAGAGAACAGGAACAAGCUUACCUUCUCAAAAGGGCCAGAGAAAAGGAAGAGGCUCAAAGAAGGAUGCAAGAAAGAAAGGAUGAGAAGCAGAAACAGAUAGACUCUAAGCUUGGAUGUCACAGCCCAGACUCCCCACAGGAAAAACCCAAUCAGGCAGAAGGAGAUGGAGAGCGGGAAGGAUGCAGAGCAGUUGAAAAUGAUGAUGAAGACAGAAAAUUUUGGGAAGAGCCUACACCAUACACUCCAGAAUCUAGAUUAGAAACUCACAGAUAUGUUGAAGAAAAACGGAGAGCUAAAGAUAAUGUAAGGGAAUCGAAAAAGAGAGAGAAGACUGCUUGGACAUUGGUCACUGCAGAAGGAAAAGUUCUGAAUGUGAAUGUGCCUAAGCUUCGUUUCUCUCUGAAAGAUGAUGAAGAAAACAAUCAGAUCAUCUUGGAUCUUGCUGUUUACAGACAUUUGGACACUUCUUUACUUGAUGUUGAUGUGCAGCCAACUUACAUACGAGUACUGGUGAAGGGAAAGCCUUUUCAGCUUGUGCUCCCUGAGGAAGUGAAGCCAGACAGCAGCUCUGCUAAAAGAUCACAAACAACUGGCCAUUUAGUUGUCACCAUGCCAAAGGCUAAAGAAAUAAUCCUGGCUAAGCAAAAAGUUUCAGCUGCAAUUAAACAUUCUGACUGCAAUACACAGCAAAAAAACACAAGAAGGAGUGGACAAGUUGAGAAGUUGGAAGUGGAUCUUAGUAAAUAUUCAUUCCCUGAUGUGACAAAGAUAAUCCAAGAAAAGGAACGAACUGGACAGGGACCUAUAAAGCUCCAACCACAGAAGGUUACUGAGGUUAAGAAGAGCUGUGUUGAUUUUGAAAAUAAUGAAGAUGUUCCUCCCUUAAUUUGAAACAUUCUGAAAUAUUCCCUCUAAAGUAGUGUGAAUGCUUGUGUUGAAUUCAUUACCCUAUGUGUAGAUAAAAUAAGAUAGAGCUGAAGUUGGCAAUAUCAUUACCUUUUCUAUCAAUAACUUUUUUAUGCUGGUGUUUUCUGCUGCAUUUUCCAUUAUUAUAUUGCUAUAUAAAUUCUUCUUUCUAGAUUGUUUACUUAGUAACUCUGAAAGUAGA